CUGCCAAUCUAUCGCUUUAUGCGGCGGAUAAUUUCUUUUUUAAUAGAUAAGAGAUAACGCAUUUUAUCGCAAACGGAGUCGCGUUAUCACGUUUUACGUUUUAUAUGGAAAAAUGGCGUGGAGUGAAAUUCGAUCUCUCGUCCCGUACGGUUGUACCCGGGUACCGAAUAAUUGUUGCUUUUCCGUGAUUGUUUUGCGGGUGGCGGCAGUUUGAUAAACACUUCCGGCCCUCUUUUAAAGUGAGUUCUCCCGCAGUACCGAUGCUGCUCUAUUAUUCUCGUUUUCUCUAAUUAUGCGUGCGAGUCGCUUAUACGCGUGUGUUGUCGCUUUAUGUUUUUUCGCGAUCGCGAACGGCGGAACCGCCACGGAGAUCGUUCCGCCAGCACCAGAAUGCAAGACCGUCCGAAGUGACACGACAACAACCGACGUUUCGUGCGUGUUGGAGGUAUCAUCAGGCUAUCCUCAGGUCCUGGAAAUCAAUUGCACCUAUCCGGGCAACACGACGGAUAUUUCGGGAUGGCAAGAAAUACCCGACAGUGCAACCAAUAACGUAACUAUCACCCUGCGAAAUUUAACAGAAUUCAAAAUUUACACCUGCGAGGCCUGCGUCUCCAACGCGGUGGGUGACAGGAGCGACAUUUUUUAUUUUAAUUUCACCUCGGGAGGGAAUACGACAAACUGCACGAAACAGAAGCCCGAAUGCGACAUCAAAUCAACAAACUGGAGCUCAGCUAGCAUUACUUGCAACGUAGAAAGUCAAGAGGAAUGCCCUUCGUGGGAAACGUUAGGUCUCAUUUGUUCUCCCGACUAUAACGAAACGAGGGAAGAGCUGAUGCGCUACAAUUCAUCGGUUGACGUGUAUUUGACAGAUCUAGAUGUAUUUCAGAACUACACAUGCCAGAUAUUCCUAAACGGCUCGGCUGGUGUAUCAGAAAGUACCUACCUUAAUUUUACUACAAUAGGAGAGGUAUAUCCGCCUAGCGACGUAAAAUUUAUUUAUUUGGACGACCACACCUACAACGUUACGUGGACCAACGUAGAGAUUCCGAUAAGACAAACAUACUGGAUUCGUAUACAAGGUCUGGGCAAGUUGCGGAACAGCCAUUUUAUCGAGGAAAAGUGUGCGGCAGCUCUAGACCUGCAGCAGAGUUCCACCACGGUUGGCUAUUUCGUUUUCAGUGACGCCCUCCCCGACUUUGGUUACAACGUGUCAAUUUUUUCGGAGACCCCUGCCGGCAAUGGACCGACCGUAUCUACUAUCCUUGAAACCAAUGCAACAGCUUCUCAACCUCCGCAAAACGUGACGGUAACGCACGAAGAGUUCCUAGAGAGCCCAAAUAACCUUACAUUUAGAGCAACCAUCUAUUGGAGCACGCCCUGUAACACCAACGGACCUGCCUUGUAUUUCGUAGUCUCUUUGGAAGGUGUUUAUAGCGAGAAUAGCGGCAUAAAAGAUCUACGAAGCUGCCAAAAAAAUUAUCAAAACGAUACGAGAAACUAUGCGUGUACGAUAGAUGUAGCAGCAUCAACGUUCUAUAACGGAAGCAUAACACUAAUUGGUGAAGAUGAGCUUGUCGGUUUGCCGGCAAACUUAACAUCGUUUCGAUCACCAGAUAAUUAUCCCGACAAUCCGAAAAUAAUACAGGUAAAUGUAACUUCGGACAUGUUCACGUUGAGCUGGACGGAACCGACCAACAGACCUGGUAAAAUCUGGAACUAUUCGGUAAGCGUAGAUUCGCUAGGCCCAGGCUACCCUCCCGUUCCCAACUGUAACUACUACAGUGGAACGAAAAAUUACACUACCAAAGGAAAUAUAUGGAAUCAUACGUACGACGGGGCGUAUCCCUAUUUUAACUACGUCGUCAGGGUUGAGGCAAAUACCAUAAGGGGGCGUGGUCCCCCCGCUUUGUACAAUCUAACCACGGAAGGCUUAGCACCGGCCAACGUGGAAAAUUACAAGUCCUACGAAAUACAAACCCGCAGGAACGACAACGAAUCCUACGAAGUCACCGCCCUAAUGAAAUUUACUCCGUCGUGUUUUGCGAACGGUCCGAAUAUUCAAUUGCGCUUGGAUUAUACCGCAACUAGACCGGGCUGUCCAACAAUCUCCGAAACCGUUACCAAAGACGCCACAGCUCAAUUCAGCAUCGACCUACGACCUGAAUACACGUACAGAUACAGUGUCUCGAGUACAAAUACGUUUUCCGCAAAUUCCACAGAUAUCCACACCUUCGUGUCGCCAUCUGGAGUUCCGAAAAUUGACAGCACUGUGGUUUUAUCGGAGGUACAAACCGGCGAAACGCAAGUAAAUCUGGUACUGAAAAAGUCAGAUUUCGACGACACCAGAGGCGAUGUGAAAUAUUUAGCGAUAAUCGUAUCCAAUGAAAAUGUGACCGGUGGCGCAUUUGGUAACUGGGAUAGCGUAGUGUGGCCCGAACCAAGAGGCAACGCCGCCAUCUAUUAUCAAGCGUCGAAACCAUUCUGGACUCCGUGGUCAGAGAAUGACACUGUUCAAUUUGUUCUUGGCAGCGACGAUCAAUGCACUGGCGAGCAAUUCUGUAACAGACCAUUGACUUCCGGCACACGAUACUAUAUAAUCGUAAGGGUAUUUACGGCAGACUUUUACAGAAACAAUUGGCCCGUUUCUUUAGAAACCGAAGCCACCUCUUCGGUACAGCUGAUCCUGAAAAUAAUAUUCGGACUUUUGGGGUUCGCGUUGUUAGGUUUGACGUUGUUCAUCUUAUGGAGAAAGGGAAUUAUCAAGAACCUGAUCGAAAAGAAACCGCAAGAACCGCUACGAGAAAUACCGAUAAAAAAGUUUGUCGAGUAUUGCAAACGGUUGGAAGAGAACCCGGACGAAUUAAAGAGUCAGUACACGGAACUGUGCGAAGAGAGUAAACUUAUUUGCGAGUCGAUGGAAACUGUGUUCGCUAGGAAACCGGAAAAUAAAAGGAAGAACAGAUACACCAAUAUUUUACCGUAUGACCAUACCAGAGUGAGGCUAAAUAUAGAUGAAGAUGAUGAGAUGUGCACGGACUAUAUCAACGCUUCGUAUAUCAAGGGUUUUUCGGGGGAGGCCGAGUAUAUCGCGACCCAAGGCCCCUUGCCAUCGACGUGUCGAGAUUUCUGGAAAAUGGUGCUGCAGGAAAACAUCUCGAUGAUCGUCAUGGUGUCUAGGUUUAUCGAAAACAACAAAGAAAAAUGCUACAAAUACUUUCCCAAUAACCACGAGCACAUGCAAAUCGGAGACGACAUAGAAGUGAGGUGCUGCACAGAGCUCCACUUUGGAAUUUAUUGUGUUCGAGGACUUCAGGUGAAAAAGGACUUGAAGCAAUUAUCUGUGACGCAUAUGCAGUUCUUGGAGUGGCCCGACUUCGGGGUGCCGUCAGACACUGAAAACAUGCUGCUGUUUUGCCAUCAGUUUCAAGAAAGGUGGAAAUACACGGGCGGAAUGGCUAUAGUUCAUUGCAGCGCUGGAGUGGGCAGAACUGGUACUCUGAUAGCUAUGGACAUCCUACUUCGCACCAUUAAAGCUGGAAAAAACAUUAACGUCUUUAAUACAGUAUUAGAAUUAAGAAAGCAGAGAAUAAAUAUGGUUCAAACUGAGAAACAAUACAUGUACAUUUACAGCCUUAUUAAAAGCAUAAUAGAGCAUCCCGCAUGUGACGAAGAAUACAUAGAGGAACACUUUUAUGAAAACGUUGACGUGAACAACAGCCUUCAAAACACUUUGCUGAAAGAAAAUAUAGUAGAGACACCACUUUAAAAAUAUUGUUCAGCGCAACAAUGUAUAUGCCUUCAUUCAUAAAAGUUAGCUACAAAAAGGUACCAGAAAUUGUUUUCCCUUUAAGUAAAUUUUUUUCUAACCAUGUGUGUAAAUAUGUAAUAUAAUUCUGCAGUGUACUAUUUUUUUUCCUCACUGUGAAGUGCCAAGUAUUUCGUUAGGUAUUUAUUAUAAAGUAUAUCAUUCCGGACAAUCAAUUAAAAUAGUGAUAAGUCCAUCUAA